GGGCUCGCGCGAACAAGAGCGUGGCCACGAGAUGCGCAGAGCGAUACAUUUUGAUUACCGAACCUCUUGCGUAGCUUUCCCAGCAUUGCACGCGCACCUGAGGCCAGAACGCAGCUUACACGUGUCACAUUCGAAAAAGGACAUUGGACGCCCGCCAGAGAACAAGGAGACCGUGCGAACGCAAGUGCUGACUGUCGCCUUCAGCAUCUGACGGAGCGCCGAUAUCAUGGACAUCGACUGCCUGCCGGACAGCCUUUUGCUGGAAGUCUUCCGACAUCUCCAGUUCCAGGCCAUAUGCAAAUGCUCACGCGUGUGCCGACGGUGGAGGCGAGUGACUCGCGACUGGUCACUCCGGCGGGUGAUCAAUGUGACCUCGCAACCGCUGUCAGCUCUCCAGGUGUGGCACCUCGUCCGUGACAACGCUGGCGCCAACCUCGUCGAGCUGAAGAUCACGGGGUUCAAAACAGCCACUGCACGUGGACCCACAGCCAUGGUGUUCGGACACCUAAGAGACCACUGCCCUUCUCUCAAGGUCUUGCAGCUGACUGACGCUUGGCUGGAACGUUCUCUGGCGGACCUCACCACCAGGCUCACGCACCUGUCAUUGAAGAGGUCUCUCUUUAUUACCGACGUCUUUCGAGACAAACGGGAACCGUUGGCGGUCAGCUCCCUGCGGUUUCUUGACCUGGCCAACUGCAUCUUCUUGCCGUGGUUCGACAUGGCUUCACUUACACAGUUUCAUUCGCUGCGCGGCCUGGUGCUCGAAGGCUGCUACCCACUCCUCGCCACUAGCUUUGCCCCGAGCAGGCCGAUGAUCACCAACCUUGUCCUGCUCAACAUCGAGCGCAUCUUCGUCUGCAACCGGGAGGUGCAGGUGGUGCUCCUUCAGGGCGCCAACCUCCAGUAUCUGUUUCUGGGCCACACAGGCUUCGAUGGGGAGGUGUUCGAAACGGUUUGGCGCCUCCUGAGAAACCAACGCCCGCUCCGCCUCACCCACGUCUGCCUCAGGUGCACGCAGAUACAGGAGCUGCAUUUGAACAAGCUCCUACAGAUGACGCCCCGGUGCAGUGGUUAG